AUGGCGCGCCCAGCCCCUGUGGAGCCCCCGCUGCGGCAUCCCGCGCCCCCCUCGCCGGCCGCGGGCGAGCCCCGCACUUCUGUUGAGGCGGCGGUGGCCCCGCGGAGAGUGCUGUUCGCCGACGAGGCCUUGGGGCUGCCGCUGGCGCAGCUGCGCCGUUACCGGCCGUGGGGCGGGCCCGGGGCGGGCAAGAUGGCGGCGGCGGCCGGGCAAGAUGGCGACGGCGGCGGGGCUGACGAGGACGACGAUGGCGAGGAUGGGGAUGAAGGGGAGGAGGAAGAGGAGGCUUGCCCUGCGCCCUCGCCGCUGUGCCCCGUCCCCGCUGGCGGGGGGUUUUACCUGGUGCCCACAUUUUCGCUGCCGCCCGCGCCGGGCCGUCUGGAGCGCUUGGGGCGCGUCAUGGUGGAGCUGGAGGCGCUGCUGCCGCCUCCCGGAGCGGUCCCCGGGGGUGCCGGGGUGUGGGUGCCUGGGGGGCGCCCGCCGGUGCUGCGCGGGUUGGUACGCGUGCUGAACCGCUCCUUCGAGAAAGCGGUGCACGUGCGGGCCUCACACGACGGCUGGGCUUCCUUCUGCGACCACCCAGCGCGCUACGUCCCGCGCAGCCCGCCCGGGGCAGGAGCGGGAGGACCAGGAGCAGGAGAUCCCAUCCUGGAUCCCGGCCUGGGCCUGGGCUUGGGCCUUGGCCAGGCGUCCGCCUCCUCGCCCGACGACGGCGGCCGCACUGACCGCUUUGCCUUCCAGCUGCCCUUUGCUGAGGGCGCGGGCGAUGGGGCGCGCCUGGACUUCGUGGUGCGCUAUGAGACCCCCGAGGGCACUUUCUGGGCCAACAACCAAGGCCGCAACUACACAGUCCUGCUCCGGAUCGCACCCGCUCCCACACCCACUGAUGCUGAAGGGCUGCCCCAGCAGCAGCAGCUGCAGCAGCUGGAGCCACAGCCCGAGUGCCAGGGUCCCGUGGAGGCUGAGGCCAGGCAGCUGAAGAGCUGCAUGAAGCCGGUGAGGCGCAGGCCCGCUGAGGAAGAGCUGAGAAUGAGGAGCGCGGAGGACAGCACCCCUGCUGUGGCAGAGCGCCCUAAUGUCCAGGAGUCAGUGGGUCCCCUGGUGGCCCCCACCCCUCUCCGCCCAUGGCCUCAGAUGACGCUUCAGGUUUCUGAAGUUACAGUGACUGGCAAACCCCCAGAGGAAGGUGACGUCCCCAGAAGCAAUCCGCCUGUGGCUUUCACAGAGGUCCCCCAGGCACGGGCCAUCAGGAUUCUCCCCUCUUCCUCUCUCUGUGGCCUGGGUGGCUCCCCCAGGGACCAGGCCUCGGGGCCCGAUGCAAGUGAGGGGGCAGUCGGGCCUCUUCUGGAACCCAGCCAGCAACAGGUGGAGGCCACGUGGGAAAUAUCGCAAGAGAAUGGAGGGGGCCGAAAGGACUCCAUGGUGGGGGCCUUAAUGGAUGAACCCCCUGGGGGUCUGGAGGUUGUGGGUGGGUUGGAGGAGCUGCUUGGUGAGGACACCAUUGACCAGGAGCUGGAGCAGCUCUACCUGUCCCACCUGAGCCGCCUGCGGGCCGCUGUGGCUGCAGGUGGGGUGGGAGGUGGUGGGGAGGGCCCCACAGAUGGGGGGGUAUCCCCCAGCCAUCCCCUGGGCAUACUCACGGACCGCGACCUGAUCUUGAAGUGGCCUGGCCCCGAGCGGGCCCUGAACAGCGCCCUGGCUGAGGAGAUCACCCUGCACUAUGCCCGGCUGGGGCGUGGUGUGGAGCUUAUCAAGGACACUGAGGAUCCUGAUGAGGAGGGGGAGGGUGAAGAGGGACUCUCCAUUGUACCCUCCAGCCCAGAAGGGGACACCACCAAGGAAUCACCUCCAGAAAUCCUCUCAGGGGUCCAUCCUGUGGUAGCCGCUAUGGGAGAUGUGUGGCUCCCGUGGGCAGAGGGCUCGGGCUGUGACAGCGCCGUGGUUCUGGGUGCAGAGGGUCAGUUCGCUGGGGCUCCAGAAAAAGGGAUGGGCAAGGACACCGACUCUCUGCGCAUAAGUAGGGUGAUGGCUGGGAUGACUGGGCCCCCAGGGGAGAAAGAAGGCCGGAUGGAGUUUACCACUGGGUGGGCAGACAGCUUGGUUCCUAGAUCCGGUAAGGAGCCAGCUGCUCCAGUCCUACGGGGGCAAAGUUUGACCCUCCUCAGUCCCUCGGGGGCUGAAGUCUGUCCUUCUAGCCUGGCCAGGCCCCAUAUGAGCCCCCAGGAUGAAGAGGGUGCAGGCCCAAGCCUGGAGCCCCCAAAGAAGUCUCCCACCAUAGCAGCCCCUGCAGAAAGUGUGUGUUUGUUGCCUCCCCAGCUGUGGGGGCCCUUGACCCAGACUCUGGGGGUCCUGGCUGGGUUGGUGGUAGUCCCUGUGGCUCUGAACAGUGGUAUGUCCCUCCUGGUGCUUGCGCUGUGCCUCUCUCUGGCCUGGUUCUCGUAGAGGCUGCUUGUGUGGGGUGCAGCAGUAACAGACUUCCCCCCUCUCUGGGGUGUGGAGAGAGGCCAUCCCUGCACUGCACCCAGGGGGUUCAGAUAGGAUGUGUGGCCUGUAUAGUGAGGGGUCUUUUGCUUCUGAGAAUGCCCAACUGGAGAGAGACCUUCCCGUCCCUGAGGACUUGUCGGCACAGGGCUCCCUGUGGUGAUGCUGGUGGAGGGGAACAGGGCACGGUGGACGGUGUGAGAUAACUUUCAGAGAGGAACUGGGCAUGCCCUCCCUUCCCCCCCCCAAGCCUGUAUUUAUUUUUGUAUAAUUCUCUGGACGAGGGCGAGUGGUCGUGAGCUGGUCUUGGGGCACAAUUACCCAGAGAUAUAUUUAUUAACAGCCAACCUGUGCAACCUGCUGGAGCUUUAUUUUUAAUUUAAUUUAUAUAGAGUACCUAUUAUUAUAUGCCACAAUAGAGCUCUAUGAGAAAUGA